UAUCCUGCGCUGCGCUUAGCAACGUGGAUUUACCAUAGCGCCCUCAUCGAUCAAUUAGCGGCCCGGCGACAAGUGCAUCGAGCAGUGUGCAGUUCACUCUUGAUUUGUGGAAGAUUUCGUCAUUUUUGUAAACAGUAUACAGUACGUCACAACAGAUGUUUGGUGAUUCAACCCUGAGAUGAUACGACAUCACCACCAUCGGAAAAUUUAAAAAUUCUACUUACAAGAUCAACAUUCUAAACGGAACAAUCUGAAGUCUAAAAGCAUCACUAAGUGGUAAUGAAAACUAUGUCGAGUGGCAAACUAGCCAUGCCGUUUGACGUCGGCCAGAAAUCAAAAUCGCGCUAUGAGACCCUUGCAACCUUUGGAGGUGAUGAAGGAGAAGAGGCCAAGGAAUAUGCAGCAUUCCUGAGGGAGCAGGAAAGAAAAUGUGGUCCCGAGGGCUUCCUGGACUCCAGGAAGUACACCCACUCCUUCCAGGUCCGAGGCAAAGUCCUUGAGAGCAAGAGCAACAAACCCAAGAAACCUGAGGAUGAGGAGCAGCCCAAACCAACUCAGGUGGGCUUACUGGGAACUGGCGCUGUUCCAAGCAAGAAGCCCAGUCAGGAGGGAUCCAAGAUUGACACCGUGGUGGAUCUGCUGAACCGAGUGGAGAAAGAUAAAGAUGAAUAUGAAAAACGCAUGAAAGUCAUCGAGGAUCACAUGUGGCAACAUAAGCAAGAGGAGAGGGAACUCAAGAGAUCCGAGGGCGACAUCAUCAAGAGCCAACACAUGCUCAGGAGAACCAUGAAGGAUUUUGAACUUGCCAUAAAUCGCAAGAAGCAAGCCGAGGCCAAAAAGAUCUUGGAGAACAAACAGAAGGAGUUCCUCAUCACAACAGACCACAUACACAAGAAAGAAAACCUUACCAAAGACAGAAUUGAGAAGGUCAUCAACAAGGACCAACAAAUCAAGGACGAAGACAGGAAAGCCUUCCUCACAAUUGGAGAUCUGGAGAGGAAGUACCGAGCCAAGGUGUCCGAGAUCGAGCUGAGACGGGCCGAAGUUCAGAAACUGAGCGAGGAGUUCACCGACCGCAUGAAGACUAAAGAGGAAGAGACGUUUGCCCUGAACAAGGAACUGGCCGACAUUGCACUGACCAUCAACAUGGAGGCGCAGAAACAGCGCAAGAUGGCCGUCGAUACCUCAAAAGACGGCAAGACAGAAUCCAAAGACAAGAUCAAGGCAGACAAUGAGAUGGAAGCACAAUUUGAUACCAAGUUGAGGAGAAACAUGGGCAAGGCUGGUCAAUUUGAGAACAACAAGAGACGCUUGAGUCUGGACUUGGCACAGUCCAACGUCAACAUGCUGGAAAAAAACAGAGAUGGUGGUCGUCAAUUACUGGAUACCAGGAACCGUCUGCAGGAGAACAACGCCACCCAGAGGAAGCUGCAAGAGGCAGCACUGACAGCCAAGCUGGAUUUCACGAACAGGAAGAUUGCACAGAAAUUACAGAGCCACGAAGUAAGGAAACAGCGCCGGCUGCAACACAUCACCGCCCUCAAGAAGAAGGAGCACGAGAAAGAACUGAAGGACUGGGAAGAGAGAUUUGACAAGAAGCAGUACGAGUCGACCAGGAGGGGAUAUGAAGACACCCUCAAGCAUGCCGUGAGAACCGUCACCAAACAAGAAGAGAUAGAGCACGACCUGUCCAACAAGGUUCGGACCAGCGAGUACGCCCGCAAGCAGCGUGAGCAGCAGUGCAAGCGACUGCAGCAGCAGCUGGCCGAGAUGCGACGCAAGAACGACCAGCGCAUCAAGCAGCAGAUGAUCGAGUACUACCAGAAGGAGAAAGAGUUGGAACAGAAACUGCUGCGGGAGCAGUCAGAACUCUACAAGAGUCAUGUGAACCGUGAGGAGGGAUACAUCAGUCUACAGCAGCACAGGAUGAUGAUGAAGGAAGAUAGAAUUAUACUGGAUGGAACAGCAAAGGAACAUGAGCGACUACGGAAGAUCGGUGAGAAGACGGAGCUACUAAACAGCUAUCCUUGAUGAGAAAUAGUUUUCUUCAUUUCCGACUUUCUCUCCUCUCUGCAUAGAGCUUACUGGCUGGGCUGCAAUCGGUCAACGAAUUUGGUUUUAAAGACUCGGCAGUGCUCUGUUUUGUGACAGCUAUAAACCAGACGUGGUUUUUGUCAAUGAUUGUGGAUGAAAAAUUAUAUUUUUAAGACAACUAAAAAAACUGUGGUUUUUUUUGUAAUGGAAGUUUAUAAUUGGAGAGAGGAGAUAUCAGGAGUUCUAAAGGAAGACCUCACCCAGCACUUUUAACUCCAAUACAUGCACUUUCUUUAUUAACCACUUGGCGGGGAGAUUAUUUUGGCCGAAAAACACCAUUUUUGAAAAAUGACAAAAUAUAUCGGCCAAAUUUUAAAAUCAAGCCAAACACCACCAAUUACUGAUUCUUGAGAGUCCUUUGUACAAUAUAUGUACGAUAAUGCUCACUGUUUCCUCAUAUUUUGCAACUCUCCGA